AUUUUGAUAAUAAGUAAGAAAAUGACAUAAUGAAUUUUGGCUACUCCAUGAAAUCAAAACUGCAGUAUAUCCGGUGAGCAGUCUAGCAUGAACAGGAAGCAACAAUGAAGGAGUUUCAAUCCGAUUGCUGUUCCAUGAUUCGUCUCAACAUAGGAGGUAAGAAAUUCUGUACAACGACGGAUACACUUACACAGCGUGAACCUGAUUCAAUGCUCGCUGCUAUGUUCAGUGGUCGCCACACUCUCUCUCAAGAUCCUCACAAGGGGUAUGUGUUUGUUGAUAGGGAUGGUAAGUACUUCAGACACAUUCUCAAUUGGUUACGGGAUGGCGUGGUGCCGACUCUUGACGAAGCUGAAUAUACAGAGCUGUUAAGAGAGGCUGAGUACUAUCAACUACUUGGGCUUAUUGAUGGAAUCCAAACUGUCCUUUAUAAGAGGAAGGAAGACGAUGAGCUUCGUACAGAGUUGACACGUACUGACAUCAUCAAGUGUAUACAAUCUGAGAGAGUCAGGUUUCGAGGGGUUAAUCUUUCUGGCAUCGACCUCUCUAAACUGGAUUUAUCAUUUGUGGAUUUCAGCUAUGCUUGUCUUAAAAAUGUGUUCUUUUCACGAGCAAAUCUUCAAUGCGCAAAGUUUCGGGAUGUAGAUGCUGAGGGCUCCAUCUUUCAUAAUGCAACUUUGCGUGAAUGUGAAUUUACUGGGGCAAAUCUCCGUGGUGCUUUAUUGGCUGGUGCAUGCCUUCAAAGUGCAAAUCUACAAGAUGCUUGUUUAGUAGAUUGUAGCUUCUGUGGAGCAGACCUGCGAUCUGCACAUCUACAGAAUGCUGAUCUUACUAAUGCUAAUCUGGAGGGAGCUGUUCUGGAAGGAGCUAAUUUAAAGGGUGCAAAGCUGAACAAUGCCAACUUGAAGGGUGCUAACCUUCAACGAGCAUAUCUGCGUCAUGUCAAUCUUCGAAAUACAGACUUGGAAGGAGCAAAGCUUGAUGGUGCCAAUUUGCUAGGAGCAAUCAGAUAAUAUUUGAACUGAAGAUAAUAAAAUUGAGAAGUUGAGAUAUGGUUAAAGAAUCUCAAAGAUGAGUUAACUUGUAAAGUUGAAAGUUGUCGCGUCUUGAGAGUACUUAAUAUUGCUGCUCAUGAAGUGGUGUAUUUGGCAUUGAUUGAUGUUGUGGUUGUGCCUGCUGUGAUGAUCUUCUCCAACAUGCUGUCAUUAUGAGGAAGAAGCCAUUUAUUUAGGCUUUUGUUCAUAUUUGGUAUUUUCUUGUGUGGUUUGUCAAUUUUUUUAUUUAUUUAUCCAGUUAAAGAAAAUUGUAAUAUUACCAUUUAUAAUCUGUGAAUCAUCUUGUGCAUAUUCUGUUUCUCAUGCCACUUGAGCAUGAUGUGUGUGGUUAAAAACCUCAUAAUUGUGAUAGGGUCAUGUGAGAUUUUACUGCUU